AUUUUUAAAAGUUCCGAGCUAAUUCAAUAAUUACGGUACAACUGCAGUGAGUGUUCAAGUGUUGGGUACGGUAAUUGCGUAAUUUGUCAAAUGGGUGUUCCAGCAUUUUUUCGAUGGUUGAGUAAAAAGUAUUCCUCAAUCAUCGUUCAUUGCAAUGAAGAGAAGAAAAAAGAAAUCAAUGGAGUGGAAAUUCCUGUUGACACAAGUUCACCAAACCCGAAUGAUGUAGAAUUUGACAACUUAUAUCUUGAUAUGAAUGGAAUCAUACAUCCGUGCAGUCAUCCAGAAGAUCGACCGGCACCCAAAAAUGAAGUUGAGAUUAUGUUUGCUAUUUUUGAUGCAAUUGACAGAAUAUUUGGUAUUGUUCGACCGAGACGUUUGUUAUAUAUGGCUAUUGAUGGUGUUGCACCUCGGGCAAAAAUGAAUCAACAAAGGUCGAGAAGAUUCAGAGCUUCCAAAGAAUCAGCUGAAGCCAAAGAUUUGAAAGAAGAAAUAAUUUCUGAAUUGAAAGAAAGAGGAGCAACACUUCCAGAAGAUGACCCCAAAAAAGAAAGAUUUGAUAGUAAUUGUAUUACUCCUGGUACAGAAUUUAUGUUUCGUCUUGCUGCCUGUCUACGAUUCUACAUUCAAGAUAGAAUUAACAAUGAUCCUGGUUGGAAAAACAUAGAAGUUAUUUUAUCUGAUGCAAAUGUACCAGGUGAAGGUGAACAUAAAAUAAUGGAUUUUAUUCGACGACAAAGAGGACGAGAGUGUCAUGAUCCCAACACACAUCACUGCAUUUGUGGUGCUGAUGCCGAUUUGAUUAUGUUAGGUCUUGCUACACAUGAACCAUAUUUCACAAUUAUUCGUGAAGAAUUCAAACCUAACCAACCAAGACCUUGUGGAAUUUGUUCUCAAUAUGGACACGAAAUGGAAGAUUGUUGUGGACUUCCCAGAGAAAAGCAAGGAGAACAUGAUGAAUUACAAAAAACUCCAGUCGUCACUACAGAUUAUAUUUUUAUCCGAUUAAACGUUGUACGAGAGUAUCUGGCGAGAGAGAUGGCGAUGCCUGGACUCCCAUUCAAGUUUGAUUUAGAAAAUGUUUUAGAUGAUUGGGUUAUGAUGUGCUUCUUUGUUGGUAAUGAUUUUCUACCUCAUUUACCAUCGCUUGAAAUCAGAGAAGGUGCAAUCGAUAAACUAGUGCGUCUAUACAAGGACAUUGUACAUAGAACUGGGGGAUAUCUCACAAAAAAUGGAAUUGUGAAUCUUGGAAGAGUGGAGAAAAUAAUGCGAGGAAUUGGUGAAAUGGAAGAUGAGAUUUUUCGAAGAAGACGACAAAAUGAUGUCAAUUUCAGAGAAAGAGAGAAAGCAAAAAGAAAAAGAAACAAUUCAGAGAAACCUGCAUACAUACCAGGUGGUCAAUUUGAACCGACGCCACUGGGCCGUGGACAACAACCUGCUGCGAUAAGAAAUGUCAGACAGACUGCUUAUGAAAUGAGAACACAGGAUUUAAAGAAUAGGGAUGCAGCUUCAGCUCUACGUUCUAUGCUGAAAGAAGUUCCUGAUGGAGAAGCAGCAUCAUCAUCAUCAUCUAUCUCAAGUACAUCUAAACUUGCAAAGAAAAGGAAGAUGAAAGACGAAGAAGAUGAUGAACCACAGGAUGAUGUUAGGUUAUGGGAAGAAGGAUGGAAAGAUAGAUAUUACAGAACUAAAUUUAAUGUUUCUUUGAAAGAUUAUGAAUUUCGGCGUCGUGUUGUCAGAUCUUAUGUUGAAGGUUUAUGCUGGGUUUUGUCUUAUUAUUAUCAAGGUUGUGCGUCAUGGAAAUGGUUUUUCCCCUUUCACUAUGCACCUUUUGCAUCUGAUUUUGUUGAUAUUGAAUCUGUUCCAAACACAUUUCCAACGACCACAAAAGCUAAAAAUCCAUUGGAACAACUAAUGUGUGUAUUCCCAGCUGCUAGUGGAAAUUUUUUACCUGAUUCGUGGCGUGAAUUAAUGUAUAGCCCAGAUUCGCCUAUUAUAGACUUCUAUCCAAACGACUUUAAGAUAGAUCUUAAUGGUAAAAAAUAUGCAUGGCAAGGAGUUGCUCUUCUUCCAUUUGUUGAUGAAGAUAGGAUGAUGGAAACACUUGACACUGUUUAUCCUAACCUUACACCAGCAGAAAGCAAAAGGAAUGAACUUGGAAAUGACAGAAUAUUUGUUGGACAACACCAUCCUCUACAUUCAUAUCUGAAAGGAUUAUAUGAGGGUCAGUGUGCACAAGAUGAAGAAAAUGCUGCAGAAAUUGAUCCCAAAUUAGCAAAAGGAAUGUCUGGAACAGUUUGGGCCGAUGAAUUCUGUAAUCCUGAUUCUAAAUUUCUCGAAUCUCCUCUUGAAGGUCUAGAAUCAUUGAAAUGUAACAAUGUAUUAUCAAUGUGUUAUAAAGAUCCUCAAUAUCCUGAAGGACAUAUUUUUGAAGCCAAAUUACUGCCUGGUGCCAAAAUUCCUGCCCCUUCGGUCAAACCUGAAGACUGGGAUAGAUAUAAUCCAAAUCAAGGAUGGAAACCAAGAAUUGGUUUCAACCCAAACCGAACUAACCGUGCACAGUUGGAUGCUUCUGGCCAUCGUCAUUUGCAACAUAAUUUACCGAGACAACGUUUUCCACCUCCUGAUAACUAUGGAAGACAACAACGUGGUGGUUACCAAGGAAACAGAAAUCAGGGACAUUAUGCCUGGGGUUCUGGGAAUCAUAGAGAAAGAAACGGACAAAAUUCCUAUCAUAAUCAGGGACAAUCAUAUGGUAGAGGUGGACGUGGAUCCCAUGGUGGAUAUGAUUAUCACCAACAGAGGCAAAGAGGGUACGAUCAACAUCGCCAUCAAGGACCGAUGCGUGGUGGACCCAGACAUCAACACUAUCAGCCAUAUCCCAGUAGAGGUGGAUAUUCACAGUAUGGCAGAUAUUGAAAAAUUCCUCAGAUAAACUCAAAGUGGCCUCAAAUUCAAAAUAUUGUUCCUGUGCAUAGGAUAGUUCGAAACAGAUGAAUUUUCCAGCUUUGUGCGUUUUUAUCAUCUGAUUUUUGUCUCAAAUUGAUCUUGUUACAAUUUUUUGGUAAAUGAUGAUAUAAAAUAAAAUGAAUAAUCUGA